GGAGGAGAGAGAAAGAGGACUAACAUUGGUAUGGAGCUCAUAAUAGAGCCACAGUUCCUCUUUCUUGAUGAACCAACUACAGGGCUUGAUGCAUAUACUGCUGAGUCUGUAGUCCAGCUAUUGAAGCACAUAUCUUCAGUCAAUAAUCGUGUUGUUGUACUCUCCAUUCAUCAGCCUCGCUACUCCAUUUAUAAACAAUUUGAUACACUGACCCUAUUGUCACAAGGUGAGAUGGUGUAUCAUGGAAGACGGUAUGAAGUAUUGGAACACUUUAACAGAUUGGGCUAUGCGUGUGAGGAACAUGACAAUCCUGCAGAUUUCUUAUUGGAUGUCAUCAAUCGCUGUGAAAGAGAAAUGAAGAAACAAUCCAACACUAAGAGUAAGUGCUAUCAAAACAGUAUAUACUCUUGGUAUAAUAUUGUAUCUCAAAAU